AUGGAGUUAACUGAGGAGCCUACCGUUUCACUACAAUGGGCCCACUACAAAGUGCGUUGGGUCUGUGCCUUACCCCUCGAGAAGGCUGUAGCAAUUGCCUCUCUCGAUGAGCGUCAUGACCCACCAUAUGAUCUAUCAGGAAACAUAUCGGGUGACAGAAACAGUUACUCCUUUGGCAGAGUUGGUCGCCACAACAUUGUCAUCACGGUGUUGCCCGCCGGGAAAUAUGGGACGAAUUCCGCCGCUUCCGUUACCACCAAUCUGUCGAACAUCAGCAAACCGGGCCCAGGCCAUCCGGGUGUUAUGCAGUAUGAUUUCGGGAAAAUUGGCCCCAAUAAAGUGACAUUGAUGGCAGUUCUAAAUCAACCUCCGACGAAAGUCUUGACAGCCAUAUCAACAAUGGAAGCAUAUGAGAUGGUCGGCGAAGGAGGUAUAUCAGAUCUUGUCAACGAAAUAGUAGAGAAAAAUCUGGGGAGAUUCACGAACCCCGGGACGAAUCAUGACUUCCUAUAUCAAGCUGAAUAUCCUCACGUAGGGGGUGAUUCAUGCGAUGCGUGCGAUCGAAGUAUGGCUAAAACCAGAACACCAAGGACAAAUGCUGAACCAGUCAUUCAUUAUGGCUUAAUUGCGUCUGGAAACUCGGUUAUUAAGGAUGCAAAGACCAGGGAUCGUUUGGCGAAGGCGCACGGCAUUUUGUGUUAUGAGAUGGAGGCAGCAGGCAUAAUGCAUAUUCUUCGCUGCCUCGUUAUACGUGGGAUCUGCGAUUAUUCCGAAUCACAUAAGAAUAAACGCUGGCAAGGUUAUGCGGCUGCCACGGCGGCGGUAUAUGCCAAAAGUCUCCUCCUCUCCAUGGGCUCAACGAUUUACAGGCGAACAACCGCAGCUGCGAGCACCCCUCCACCAAGCGCCAGCCCCACUACCUUGACAUAUUCUCCAGGACCGAUAUUUCCAUCUUCACCUCCAUCUAGUCGAACCCGGUCGAUACAAUCACCCAGGCCUAGACCUCUCUCCACGCCUCCGACCAGCCCUGCACUAAACCCCUUAUUCGGAAAAUCCGAGACGAGAUAUACCUGGCAGCGACAACCACGUCGGAGACUGAACACUCUCAAUCGACAGGUUGAUGAUGCGGAGGAGGUCCUUGACGCAGCCAAGAGCGGCAACAUAUCCCGAGUCCGGGAGUUUGUUGAGAAUGGAGGAGAUCCAAACACGUCUGACACAGCGUUCAAUACGACUCUCUUGCAUUAUAUGGCUCAGCAAGGCAACGAGGACAUGACACGGUUCCUGCUAGAGUCUGGAGCCAAUCCCAAUGCUGCUGCCAAGUUCUCAACUAAUACUCCUCUGAUUGAAGCGGCUCGCAAUGGUUACCCAGACGUAGUCCAGCGCUUACUGCGGCAUGGCGCCGAUAUCGAAACCUGUGGGGAGUUCAAAAGAACUACAUUGCAUAUUGCAGCAGAUGAAGGGCAGUUUGCAUGUGUAACUGUUCUCGUUGACAGUGGUGCUGACCCACAGGUUAGUGAUGAGAAUGGAGAUACACCGCUGGUACUAGCAGAGGAGGGAAAUUGGAAUAAAGUCGCAAGUUAUUUGCGCCAAUUGUAG